AUGGACGAAAAGGUAGCACGAGCGGACCAAAUGGAUAUCGCCUAUGACAGCGACCCGAAGAGAGAGGCCGUCGAAGAAAUCGAGGGCGUCAACGGGCUGAAGACGGUCGAGGCCGGCUUCUCAGCUGACCAAGUGAUCGUCGAGAUUGACCACAAAGAGCGGACGCGGAUUCUGAGAAAGGUUGACUACCGCUUGAUCCCCAUCCUUGCGAUCUUAUACCUAUUAGCAUUCAUCGAUCGUGGCAACAUCGGAAAUGCCAAAAUUGCCGGUCUGUACGAUGACCUCCAUCUCCAUGGAAUGCAAUACAACACCGCCUUGACGUUGUUCUUCGUGCCGUAUGGCUUCUUUGAAGUACCCUCCAACAUUGUGCUCAAGAUGCUCCGACCGUCGAUCUGGAUUUCCAUCUUGAUGUUUUGUUGGGGGACCGUGAUGACUCUGAUGGGCGUGGUUUCUACUUACGAGGGGCUCUUGGUAACCCGAUUCUUCCUCGGUGUGGCAGAGUCAGGCUUUUUCCCGGCCGCGACAUAUCUCCUCACGAUCUGGUACUUGCGAUACGAGGUCCAACGCCGGAUGGCUCUGUUCUACGCUGCGGCCUCACUGUCGGGUGCCUUCUCUGGGUUAUUGGCGUACGGGAUCCAGCACAUGGACGGCGUCGCAGGGCUGGCCGGCUGGAAAUGGAUCUUCAUCAUCGAAGGCCUGGUUCCCGUGGCCGGCUCCUUUGUCGUCUGGUUCGUGCUGCCAGAUAACCCGGAGACGGCCAACUUCCUCACCAAGGACGAGAAAGAAUUCAUCAUCAACCGACUGGCUCUGGAAACGGGUUCGGGGCACGGCCGGGUGACGAAUGCUGACCGCAUUGGAAUACGUCACAUCACUGCGGCUUUCAAGGAAUGGAAGAUCUGGGCUGGUGUGGUCAUAUUCUGGGCCAACACGAUCGGUGUCUACGGCUUCACCGCCACGGUCCCCUCCGUGAUUGAGAACCUCGGAUACACCUCGGCCAACGCACAGUUGAUGACGAUCCCGAUUUACGUCUUCGCCAUGAUCAUGACGCUCAUCUUUGCAUUCUGGUCGGACCGAGUCCAGCAGCGAACCCCGUUCAUCAUGGCCGGCUUCAGCAUCGCAGCAGUCGGCUUCAUCGGCGAGCUCGCCAUCCCGCACCCCAGGCUGCCGGGUGUGACGUAUUUCUUCCUCUUCCCGCUGGCGGCCGGUCUUUAUUGCCCCUUCAUCUGCCUCGUGUGCUUGAUCGGGAACAACCUGGCUCCUAGCUCCAAGCGUGCGGUCGGCAUGGCUCUGCUCAUCUCCAUCGGUAAUUUCGGAGGUAUCGCCGGAAGCAACAUCUACAUUGCGUCGCAGGCGCCGAAGUAUCCGACUGGAUUCGGGACCGGGCUGGGAAUCUGCGUUGUCGCGGUCAUCAUGGCCUACGUCCUGCGGGUCGCGUACCGACGGGAAAACGCGAAGCGGGAUGCCUUCAUGGUUGGCAAGACCGACGAGGAGAUCAAGGCACAGUACACGGAGCAGGAGCUGCUGGAUCUGGGAGACAGGAGCCCGUUCUACCGCUACACCGUGUGAACAGACUGCCCAGCGGGUGAGCCGACGAAGCGGAGCGGUUGUUUUGAUAGCUUGAAGAGGGAGUAGUAGUGAAUUGCGCGGAUGCCUCGACGUGGCUCAUGCCUCUAUGGUACCUGUAGCGCAGCGACAACUAUGUAGGUAUCUAUAUUAGUGGUGUGUAGACCAUCUCC